AUGCAUAGGGUACAGAGGUACGUGUGGUAUGGAUCUGGGGUUUUCCGUCAUUUCUCGGACUCGAUCUGCAGGCCCUUCCUCAAGUCCCCAGCUCGCUCUUCCGCCGUCUUCCUCGUCGUCGCCUUCCUCCUCGUCAGCGCGUUCCUCUCCACGCGCCUCCUCGACUCCUCCUCCUCCUCUUCUAUUAGUGCGGCACCGAGGUCCAUCGUCAACAUUGCCACCAGCCACGUGUACCCUCGCAAGCCCCCUGCAAUCCCCAAGAAGCCCCGGAAGAAGCUCGAGAUCCCCCUAGACUGCGCCUCCUACAGCCCCAACCGAACAUGCCCCUCCAACUACCCCGCUUCUCUCCGGCCGGAGCAAGGCCUCGACCCUUCGUCGGCUGCCGCGUGCCCGGAGUACUUCCGAUGGAUCCACGAGGACCUCAAGCCGUGGGCCCGCACGGGCAUCACGAGGGACGCGGUGGAGCGGGCCAGGAGGACCGCCAACUUCAGGCUGGCGAUCGUGGGCGGGAGGGCCUACGUGGAGACGUAUCAGAAGUCGUUUCAGACGAGGGAUGUGUUCACGUUGUGGGGGAUCCUGCAGCUGCUGCGGAGGUACCCGGGUCAAGUGCCCGACUUGGAGCUCAUGUUUGACUGCGUCGACUGGCCGGUCGUUCAUUCGAGGCUAUACCGCGGGCCCAAUGCCACAAGCCCGCCACCUUUGUUUAGGUACUGUGGAGACGAUGCCACGCUUGACAUUGUCUUCCCUGAUUGGUCCUUCUGGGGCUGGCCUGAGGUUAAUAUAAAACCGUGGGAGUCUUUAUCAAGGGACCUCAAAGAAGGCAACAAGAGGGUUAAAUGGAUGGACAGGGAACCUCAUGCUUAUUGGAAGGGAAAUCCGGCUGUUGCUGCCACCAGGCAAGACCUUCUCAGAUGCAAUGUAUCUGCCAAACAAGACUGGAAUGCUCGUGUUUUUGAGCAGGAUUGGAUCCGAGAAUCAAAGCAAGGAUACAAACAGUCAGACUUGGCAAACCAAUGCAUUCACAGAUACAAAAUAUACAUUGAAGGUUCGGCGUGGUCUGUCAGUGAAAAGUAUAUCCUGGCUUGUGAUUCGGUCACUUUCGUGGUCAAGCCCCAUUACUACGACUUCUUCACCAGAGGUUUGAUGCCGGUCCACCACUACUGGCCCAUUAGGGAGGAUGACAAGUGCAGAUCCAUUAAGUUUGCCGUGGACUGGGGAAACAGCCACAAGCAAAAGGCACAGGCCCUUGGGAAAGCGGCGAGCACUUUUGUACUAGAAGAGUUGAGGAUGGACUUGGUGUAUGAUUACAUGUUUCAUCUGUUGAAUGAGUACGCCAAGCUGUUGAGGUUCAAACCCGUUGUGCCCAAGAACGCAGUGAAAUUCUGCUCCGAGCACAUGGCUUGCCAGGCCGACGGGUUGGAGAAGAAGUUCAUGGAAGAAUCGCUGGUGAAGGGACCUGCCGAUACAUAUCCUUGCAAAUUGCCUCGUCCAUAUGAUGCUCAAUCGCUCUACGCGAUCCGCAGAAGAAAAGAGAACUCGAUCAAGCAAGUGGAGAUAUGGGAGAACAAAUACUGAGACGGUCGAAACAAGUCCUAGAAAAGUCGGCUCUUUGUACAUUUCGCGUACGUGUACGAUGAAUUCGUUUUUGCGGCACAUCUAAAGUCUUUUCAACUUAACAGCAAUAGCAGAUAAGCAACAUAUACACCGUAUUCUUAGAUUCAUACAAAGAUGAGGUAUAAUACCAGGAUAUUCAGAUA